AUGAAGUCGGUCUACUCAAAUCAUUCCGAACAUUUAAAGCCACUCAGCCGCGGUCAGGUCAGGGUGUUGUACCAGCGGCGCCGGGAAGACCCAGAGUACGCUUUGAUUCGGCCCCUGAAACUCGAAAGCUCUUCAAUCCGGGUAUUGAUUAACAGAGAUAUGGCAUUAUUGAAGAUCGAUACGCACCAACAUGUCAUGCCCCCGGCCGUUAAGAAGGCCAUCCAGAAGAACCCUGGCCUCGCACAGGGCAUGAAAGCUCCGGACUGGGUCCUAGAAAGGACGCUGGAAUUCAUGGCCAGCAACGACAUCGGGACAUCCAUUCUUUCCUGCCCGUUCCCACUCACGGUCGUUUGCCAGGACGCCGCGGAAACCGCAGCGCUCGCCAGAGAAGCCAAUGAGUAUCUCGCUUCUAUCCGUGACCGGCAUCCCACGCAGUUUGGUUUCUUUGCUUCCCUACCUUCAGCCGAGGAUACGGCCCGGUGCAUCGACGAGAUCAGAUAUGCGCUGGACAGGCUAAAGGCGGACGGCGUUGUGCUGUUCACCAGCUAUAACGACAAGUAUCUGGGCCAUCCGGAUUUCGAACCGGUUUGGCGAGAGCUGGAUAGUCGCACGGCCGUUGUAUUCACGCAUCCCACAAUGGAGGAUAUCAAAAAGUCUAUCGACGAGCCGUUCACGAUCCCGCGAGUGCUGAUGGACUGGUCACACGAGACCACGCGGACAGCCGUGCAUUUGAUCCUGACAAAUACCAUACGUCGUUGUGCGGGGAAUUGUCGAAUUAUUCUCUCCCAUGGCGGGGGAACGUUGCCUUUCGUCGCCGGCCGGAUCGCCGAUAUGGGGCUCCAAACUCACAUAUCUGGAAAGUCAGCCGAUGAGUUCCUCGCCGAUGCUAGGCUGUUUUAUUUCGAUCUGGCCCUGGUCGGACAUGCGAUGCCGCUUCAGCUUGUGAUGGAUUUCGCUUCUGAUGGGCAUGUCUUGUACGGCACUGACUACCCGGCGGUUAAAGAUGGAGACGUCGCUCAACAGUGGAUGGCCGUAGGUGAUAAGCCGCUAAUUGCUGCAACGCGCAUGGCUGCACAGACCCUUUUUCCGCGCUUGGCAGAGUAGAGAGCCCGAGACUGGCAUGAGCGAGUAGACGGCCAAGCCACGCUCUCCAUUCUAACACUUGCCACCACGAGUGUAGAG